UUGUGUUACUGUGUUUUAGAUUAAAACAGAUCAAACAAAACUGUAUCAUUACAAACUUUAUAUCUGGUUGUUCUAACAUCAGGAAGUAACAAGGUGGUGAGAUAUGAUGUUUAUAUACAGGUCUGCUUUCAUAUUUACAGCAUGGACCAUAGGUUUUACUCUUGGGUCCAGAUGUUAUUCUGGAUAUAGCUGGGGAGCUUGGGGGGCAUGUUCACAUAGCUGUGGUGGAGGUUUCAAGGUACGCCAUUGUUACCAAGAUGGCACCUAUGAGAAUGAAAGAUGUGGCACCUUCUGCUUUAAUGGCGCCGAGUUUUAUGGCGGGAAAUGUAACUGCGGUCCCGGAACGGCAGGAUAUUGCUGCACUGAUGUCGCUGAAUGUGCCAGCAACCCAUGUAAAAAUGGCGGUGUUUGUAUAGAAGAAAUCAACAAGUACAGGUGUAACUGUCCAGCAGGCACGACAGGACCAAAUUGUGACGAUAUUUUAGAAUGUUCGAGUAACCCGUGCAAGAAUGGAGGCACGUGUCACGAGCAUAUCAAUAAAUACGUAUGUAGUUGUGUACCUGGAACAACCGGGCCAAACUGUGACGAUAUUUUGGAGUGUCAAAGUAAUCCUUGUUUAAAUAACGGCACAUGUUUGGAACACAUCGGUGGUUACACGUGCCAGUGUCUUACAGGGACCACGGGCUACAAUUGUGUUGAUAUUCCCGAAUGUAUCAGUAACCCGUGCCAAAAUGGCGGCACGUGUGUAGAUCUAAUAAACAUGUACAAAUGUGACUGCCCGCCGGGAUUUAUUGGUGUCAACUGUGAGAAGAAUUUACUGGCUCUGCAUGAUAGUGUAUGCCGCACCGGAAGUAGACCGAGCUGUUAUAUUGUCUUCCGGACGAAGGACUCCUGGCAAGGAGCCGAGGAAUUUUGUGAAGCAAGAAACGGACAUCUUGUCGUUCCAGAAGAUACAGACGAGGCUCUUUAUGUUGAAAACUAUCUCGAAUCUAUGAGAGUGAGAUAUCCAGAAGCUUUGUUUUGGUUGGGAGCCAAGAAGUCGGGGACAAAUUCACCUCAGUGGGUACACAGUAAACACGUGAACACUUUCAGGUGGCCAUAUGGUGUAUCGGAUGAUUUACCAGGAACACAAUGUCUGGCAAUGGACGGCAGAUACAACUUCAAGUGGCAGGGAUUCUCUUGUGACAGACCGACAUACUUCUUAUGUGAAGAAAAGGUACCAUUCCGUUUAAACUACACUGUUCCAAUUCUUGGUUAGGAGGUAUAUGAAAAUAAAGACAUCAAAAACAAAACAGACAAUAUAAUUUAACAAAUGGUUUAUAUAGAGAUUUUAUUCACAUCAGAAAUGUCAGAGUAGUUCAAUAGAGUAGAGUAUUUCACAUUAAAGAAAAUAUUUAUUUCAGAGAUGUAAUGAAAUAGUGUCUAUACAUAA